AGGCCAGUUUCGGCGGUUACGUAAUGCGCGGUUACUGUAACCAGGCCCGGCAAGCUUUGUCAAAUCGCCAUUUUGAAUCUGUGCAUUGUGUAUGAGACUGUUGGUUGUCGCCGUUAAAUUUCGUUAAUAUCUUUCUAUCGACGCCGCGUUUGUAUAUUUGGAUUUCUGUUUUUGAAGGAAAUGUCUUCUAGCUUGACGUUCAGCAAGUUUAAUAUCAAGCAGCUGCAAGAUUUUCUUCGGAAAAGAGGAGUUUCGUGCACGGGAUACAACAAGGAAAGACUCGUCCGAUUAGCGUCCGCGGUAGCGGACAUUAGUCUGCCUGUAGACCCGGACCUCUCGGGCCCGUCUCACUCGGUAGACGCUACUGUGCGUGGGAAACUGCAACGUGCAGGUUUUUCAUUCAGUGAUCCAACAGAAGUCCCCGGGUACACUUCCAAGUUUGAUGAUAUUCCGGACUUUGGAAUCUACGAUGUUUUUAAUUAUUUAGUUGAAAAUAGAGCGGACUAUGAUCGUCGAAAACUAAAGGCUUUCAAGAGCUUUGAGGACUACCGACUUUUUGCCGAUGGAAAUGUGGAGAAGCUUGAAUACAAUCCCCUCUCUGCAGAUAGCGACUCGUGUGUUUUCAGAGCACAGGUCAAACCGACUCAAAAAGACAAAACAUAUCUGAACAAGGCUACAUAUUCUUCCUGGCUAAUAAUGACAAAGGAGCUCGGUGAAAUAAGCAUUGCUUAUUGUGAAUGUCCUGGAGGGUCUGAUGGUGCUUGUCGGCAUCUUGCUGCUGUACUGUACGAGAUUGAGGCAUUUGACAAAAAGGCAUGCACCGAAGGCCCGGCUGAGUGGAAAAGGAGAGCCCGUCAUCAUGAUGUUCCCACCCAACUUGUUAACUUAACAGUUAAGAAAGCAAGGUAUGGAGAAGCUGAUCCUACCAAUCCUGGACAGUCAUCCAGCAAACUUGACUUUGACCCAAGAGCUGUUGGUGAUCAACAAUGUCUUGAUGAAGAUGCGGUGAAAGAAUUUGCUGCAGGCGUAGCAGAGGUCAAUGGUACAGCUGGUGCUCUGGAAUUUCUACCAGGAGCCCCUGACCUACCAGCCCAAGCUCCUUCAACAAACAUCAAGCAUCUAGGGAUAAGGAGCAGGAUUCAGCAAGGGCAUUCGUCGAAUGUUACCAACAUCAUGGACUCCUUGCAGUACUCAUCUGAAGAAGUAGCAGAUAUCGAACGAGCUACAAGGGGCCAGUCUGACGAACAACAGUGGCAUGAUAUGAGGGAAGCCAGACUAACAGCAUCAAACUUUCAUGCCAUAGUGCGCUCUCGAAUCGAAGGAGGGGGAACGCUAGCAAAACGGAUAAUAGAGGGGAACCAACUGGAACAUUUGCCAGCUGCCAUCGAGUGGGGGAGAAAAAAGGAGAAGACUGCGCUUCAAAAGUACUUCAAAGUGGAAAAAAAUAAACACAAGAAGCUUUCUGUUAAGCAUAGUGGGUUGUUCGUAAUGGAGAAGCAUGGCUAUGUAGGAGCAAGCCCAGAUUCUGUUGCAUCUUGUAAGUGCAAGACUCCGUGUCGUAGUAGAUGGGUCGUCGAAGUUAAAUGUCCGUACACCGAGAAGGAUUCGCAUCCAAAGGAAGCUGCUCUGAAGAGAGGUUGUGUCAUUGUCAACAACGAACUAGUGUGUGGUGAAGGGUGUAAAUAUUACGCUCAAGUACAAGGACAGAUGGGCGUUUGUGGGGUAAAACACUGUGACCUGGUUGUUUACACUACGAAAGGAAUAUCCUGUAUCCCUGUAAACUUUGAUGAGAUUUUUUUUACAGAACUUAUGAAGAAGCUUGAAGUCUUUUUCCUGAAGAACAUUUUGCCAAAACUGUUGGAGUAAACUUUGUUCUAUUUAACGUACAUGUAUGCAUCAUGCAGUGUAACUAGGUAUACAUGUAGUUUGUGAAAACUGCAAAGUGUUUGGAUGGCAGAACCAUGUAACAUCUUUUACUUGUUCAAAGGGUCCUGUAGGUUACAGAGGGCUGCGCACACAACAACAAUUUGAUUCAAAAGAGGCUUCAAAUUUAAGGGAACGACUCCAUUAAGUAGUCGAAAUGUCUUUAGACGACCAAUAGCUCUUUCAACGUGUAUUCUUGCAGAUGCGAUUCUCCUUGUUUUUGUAGUAGCAUGAACAGAUAGUUGUUUUCCAUGAGCAAAGGGAGGAAUGUUGAGAGUUGCUCCUUUUUCUGCGAGUAAGUCACGUAUUAAAAAUCCUCUGUCUGCCAUGACAUCAUCUCCACGUUCGAUCAGAUCCAUAAAUCCAGAUUCUUGUACUAUGCGUUUAUCUGAAAUACUACCUGUCCAUAAACUCGAUAUGAAUGUGAAUGUUCCACGAGGAGAAGUUGCAACCAAUAAUUUUGAAGUAUUAUGAUGUUUAUAUGAAGACCAUGUUAUACGUUGAGAGCUUGGCAUGGAAGGUUUCUGAAUAAAUAUUUCUGUACAAUCAAUGAUACAUCUAGUAUUCUUGAAAUGUUUGAAACUAGCAGGAAAUGUCUUGGCAAUUUGUUCCUUUGUUGGCCAGCGGAUAAGAAGUGGUCCAAGUUCAAGGUACAGAAAUGAUAUCCAAGUGCAGAAGAUUUUACUUGUAUAGCUAACUGAUAUGCCAAACAUAUCAGACAAAGUUCUGACAGUGAAGCCACGUCGUAUUCUUAUCAGUGUCAUGAUAAAUUCCUCUCGUAGUGUAAGUGUCCUUACUGGGCGUUUCUCCUGCAAGUAUAAGUAAAUAAACAUUAAAUGUGUUAACACAUUAUCAAGUGUUGCAUUAUUAUACAUGUACAUGUACAUGUAAAUGUAGUUAUAUGAGAUAGAUAUAAUUUCACACAAGGAAAAUGAAAUUUAUUGAAACACUCUGGAACUUAUAAAUCGUUUUGCCAAAGAAGUUAUGUGCCAAUUUUUUGUUUAAAUAUAGCGAUUUAUUUUGAGAGAAAUCGAUUUUAUACCUUUGCCUCUAGCCUUUGUGCUGCAUCUUUAUUCGUUGAGUUUGGUCCUUCCCAAUAAGUUAGUCUAGAAGCUUUGUCCUUCAGGAAAUUGAACAGAAAAGUCAGCAUGGCAAGAGUAAGACCUGAAUUUAAAGGGAAAAUUUGAGAGAAAAAGACGAUUUACAAUUUGGUCAAGUUUUGUAUGUUCUUAAUUUCUUCUGAUAAUACAAAUAUUUUGUGAAUACAUUUGAACAAAAUGUUUUAAAGCUAACACAAGGUAUACAUUGCAGUGUCAUUCAACAGGAGUGAUUAUAUAUGUGGCUAUUCUGUAAUUGAUCAGUAUUUUAUUCAUCAGUGUAAAGUACAAUGCCAAUAAAUACCUGUAUAGAACAUGCA